GCGAGUGCAGGUUGAGCCAUAGGGUUGAGCCAGGGCUACUUCAAUUUACAACAGAAUCGCUGUGACAAAGAGAUUGUGUCUGUUCACAUGUUUCAGAAAAGCGACGAUACUGGAAUACUGACAUAGCAGACAUGGCAACAGGCAUAGACUGUAUAAAUAUAGGGGCCGGAGUGGUUAUUUUUCUGCAGCCCCGCAAUCAGUUCUAGUAGCUCCGAACCAAGAUGGCGGAUCCAUAGUGUGUGCGGAAACUGGCGUCUGAUUCUAACAAGGACUAUUCAAAGAUACUGAAAAGCGGAUCGACUGAAUUGAAACACAGUAGUUCCCCCACCAUAUCUGAAAGCGAUGGAAGACACCCCACGGCUUAACUUUCAAAUCCCAAGGAAAAGCAAAGAAAAAAGAGCGCUGUUCCAGUAUGUAUCCUCAGAGUCCAGGGAGUACACGGACAUAUCGAAGAUUAUCACCUCUGGUUAUAAGGACCCUUCUUCAUGGGGGAGCUACCAGUACACCAAGCAUUGCCUUGUUCACAGUGAGCUCCAAGAGAAAGAAUUCAUUGAGAAGAGACGGGAGCUGAAAUUGGAGGGCCGCUCGGAGAAGGAGAUGGUGGAGUCCUAUUGCUUCAUUCUUUGUGAAAGCUACAAGCUGCAGAGCAUCUGUGAUAAAGGCCUGCAUGUUGGACACAGCUGGAUGAAUAUGCUGGGGAAUCCCUCCAAGGGUGUUUACUUGUCUAAGUACUCAGAUUUGCUUCAGAUAAACCCUUUUGAGCCUGGAUGCACUGGAGAAAUCAUCAUCUUCAAAGUGAUAAAGGGUAAAAUGAAGAGCAUCUCUGAUAACAUGUCCCGAAGUCUAGACCCCACCCCGAAAUUUGACAGCCACAUUUCGAAGAACUUUUCUCGAGUGGUAUCUCACCGCUCCUACAGAGCCUUUGAGCACACACAGCAAUACUUUUACGAGUAUACAGACAUUGAUGUCCGAUCACGACCAAGGCACAUCUGUCCAUAUGCUGUGUUGACCUUCCAGUUCAAAGGCAAAGAAACAGCCCCUCUUGCCAAGCCUAUGCCUCCCCUCAGGUCCAACAGCUUCACAUCAGGAAAAGGAAAGAGCAGCUAUGUUGUGUGGAGUGGCCAUCUGACUAAUGGUGGAAAGGAGGCGUACCAUGUGUCUCUUCGCUCCCUCUCCCAUCCUAUCCUGCCCUUUAAACUGCCAGACAAAAUAGAGAUUGGUACAGUAAUGCACCUAGACCAGGUCAAGCUAAAGGUCCCUCCUGCACUCUUUUCUUGGGAUCUCUACAGUGGGAGUCAGGAAGUGUUCAAGACAACCACCCAUUGCUGUCUCUUUGAAGUAGUGGAAAAAACCAAAUGUGGCAACAGCUUGACUGUUUUGCUCUACAAGCUGGAGCGAGAAAGACUGGUCCUUGUGAAUGCAGUCACUGAUCGAGGCUUCUUCUUCUUGCUGUCGUCUGCUCAGAUGGCCAAUCCUAGUGAGCGACGAGAUGGAUGGAAAAAUUCUAAUCUGCAGGCACUUUUUGUCUUCCCUGAGUCAAGAGAUGUGGCCAAGUAUUCUUUGAAGGCUGCGUCCACUCCCAGUCCCAGGCAUGUUCCUCAGUCUCCAGUCUUGCCCCAGUUGGACACCUUCAUUCCAGCUCUUCACUUUGCCCUCAACAAGGCGCGUGGCACCCCACAGGCCAACCCACCAGCCAACCCCAGCACGUGUGUGACGCAGCAGGUCUGUGACUACCUCAGUGGCCAGCGAGAGGGCAAGCUCUUGCCCCGUGUGCAUCUUGACUAUGACCAGAAGCUGGACGAACGGGAGCGCCUCUUCCCUGCUCCACGAAACAAGCUCAAUUUGGAAGCCUACUUGCACUCCUACAUCUGUUGUCCCAACCUCUACUAUAUCCCUGUUUCCAACACUAAAGUCAUGAUGGACAGCCCACCGAAGCCUCUGGAAUGCCACACAGCCUCCAGUCAGGAGUUGGCUGCAGAAGGUUCAGGAUCCAGUGGUCCUGCCGUGGAUGAGGAUCCAGAGAAGGUGAACCAGCUUAUAAAGCUGAUCCAGGCCCAGAAGCAGCAGGCAGGGAAGGGAGUGGAGGCCGCGCCAGCCCCGACACUGAAGAGGAAAUGUGAGGCAGAAGCAGCAGAGGCGGGAGGAAAGCAUGCAAGGAUGAGUGAUCUCAACAAUGGGGCGCUAAGAGAAGACGAGGCUCCACAGGUAGCUCCCUCACUAGCUGAGGUCAUGAAUCUGGUGGGGCUGUGCGACACUGACUUGAGGAAGAACAAGACUGAGGGUGCACUGAAGCUGAUGGAGAUGCUGGAUAACAUGAACAAAAGCGCUGCAGCCGCCUCCACUACAGCCUCCCUUGAUGGGGACAUUGAGAUGACUGAAGAGGGGGAUGAGCAGACUAGCGAGACACUAGAGGAGAGCAUGCUGAAGCUCGGCCUGCCUCUUAACUGUGACACUGACCUGCGCAAGCUGCCCGUGGACAAGGAGGACACAGAGGAGACUGACUUUCUUGAGGAUGAAUCUGUAGGUAGUAUGAGCAGCCUUGAAGCCUUCAGCCCUUGCUCAGACCAUGGCCAUCAGCGAGGAACCAAUGUCCUUGGGGAGAAGUCAAUCCCUUGGGUUCUCAUACCCAUCACAGGCAUUAAACCUGGAGGAUACAGCCAGAGACAGUGGGACAAUCCACAAGAUCCACGCUUACUACAUACCACAGCAGAUUCCCAUGAACCCCCCCAUGAGAAAGAGAAAGAGCCCAUCACUACAAUUGAACCAGUGGCAAGUUACGAAGAGCCUCCUCAGUCUGUAAUGGAGCAACCUCUGAGAGAGCCUGUUGAGGAAUCCCCAAAGGAGGAUCGGAGCGAAGAGAGCCAUCAGGAUCCAGAGGAUGCGAUCUCAGAGGAGAGGAAUUUGACUGAUGAACUGAAGUCAUCACACUGCCAGGAGCAACGUAUUCUACAACAGAGUGUGGUGGACAGCAUUGUUGAUGAGCAGCUUCAUGACUUUUCAGCAGGUAUGAUGAGUCUCCUGAAGCGGAAACAUGUGCCGUACAGGGUCCCUCCUGCCCCGCUCCCUCCUGCAUCACAGCUAAGGACAUCCAUGAGGCCAUUCUCGGAUUAUGUUGUCCGCCACCAUGCUCCAGUGCCCUUGUAUGGCUUUGUCAGAACUCUACGCAAUAGUUUGACUUCUUACAUAGACUCCCACCUCAGAGUCUCAGUGCCUGAGCUACCAGCUCAGGCUUCAUUGGCUCUGAAUAGCUCACCUCCCUCUUCUCCAGAGCCCAGUGAUCCAGCACCUGUUUCCGCUGCUUCUGUUUGUAAAUCAUCGACCUCUACUGCGACAAGACCUUGCGCUAGCGCACUCCCCAGUUUACAUGCACAGUCCUCUCCCCGUCCUCAUACUAACCAUCUCUCUUCUAACCAACCCUGCAAGCAGUCCCAAAAGAGCCCACCUCGUCUUGGUACCUGUAAAGAGACCCAGAAUCCUGACCCUUGGCUAUUCCAAAAGUCCAAAUGGCGGCCAGAUGUGCAAGAUGCUGAAGAGGUGAACUCUGCCUCUGGCACAAGAGCUAGUACUCCCCUCCCUGAUCUCAGUCCGGAGAGUGUUCAUGCAGAAUCAUCCCCCACUCAUGACAAUGCCACAGAGUCCUCAGUGGCAGAACCCUCAACCUCAUCACUGACAAAUGUGAUCAACCAACUGAAUCCUGAGAUGUUUAGUAACUUGGUCGAGAUCAUUAAAGGUGUACGGAAGAACUCUGUUCAGUUCUACGUUCACUCGAGUGAUGGGGAGGAAAGUGACGUCUGCACUGAUAUUAAAGAGUAUCUGCUGCGUCUAGGAAAUGCAGAGUGUAACCCGCAACUGCUUUUGGAGAACAAUUGUGAUGCAGACAAACUGCUGAUCAUCAUUCGCAAUGAAGACAUUGCUUCUGAGGUUCAUAAGAUUCCUGCACUGGUGAAACUGAAGAAGUUGCCAUUUGUGAGUUUUGCCGGGGUGGACAGUCUAGAUGACAUCCAGAAUCACACAUACAAUGAGUUGUUUGUGUCUGGUGGAUUUAUUGUCUCUGAUGAGUUUGUGCUCAAUCCAGACUUCACUACAAAGGAGACAUUGCAGAAGCUUCUGGAAUUCCUCCAGUUGCUGAACUCUCCGGAAAGCCCUUGGAGGUGGAAAGUGCACUGCAAAACUCUGAAGAGACUUCGAGAACAAAGCAGGGUGAAAGCUGAUGCUUUAGGUUUGUUAAACCUGCUGACAACCUACCAAAAGAGACACGUGGUGGAGUUUCUGCCCUAUCACGAGUGUGAUGCCCCUAGUAGCUCUUCAACUGACCUGGCCUGCCUGGUGAAACUGCAAGCCCAACACACCCAGCAUAGACAUGUCAUUUUCCUCACAGAGCGUCCCUUUGAGAUGUUCCAGCACUAUGCCAGCAGUGGGAUACUGAUUGCGGCUAUUGAUGAUGUUCUGAAAAACUUCAAAAAACUCACUGGAUUCCAUGACAGCCAGACAGAUGUACCAGUUCUGGAAACUCAGUCACGUCAUGCAACAUCAUCAGUGCCUGUACCACAGCACAAGGAGGGCAGUUUGGCUGUGGUAUCUGAAGAAGAGUCAUCGGUGGGAUCGAACUCUGCUGUCCAUGGAUCUGUAGAUCAAAAACAGUUUGCACCUUCAGACUCCAGUCAACCAACACCUGAUCAGCUUGUUCCAGAUGGUUGCAGCUCAUUGCCUCAGCCCUCACCUUUUCCAGCAGUAUCUCAAGAACUGGACUUUGAUGCCCUUCGGACGGCCAUUACCCAGUUCAAAGCUGCCAAAGCAAGUAAAGACAGGACCUCUCAAGGUCCUUUUCAUGUUAAUACCCACCAAAGCUUCCUUGGUGUGGGUUUGCCACCAGCAUCUUGCCUCAAUCCCUUGGAGAGUUACGAUUCUCCCACCUCCUCAUUGGCGUUAAAUGUUAGGCAGACUUCAGAUAAUCAAGUUGAAUCCCCCCUUGUGACAAUGUCGUCUUCAGAUUCCACUACCCCUACCUCACUGAGCCAGACAGAUGUCAACUGCAGUGACUCUUCAUUUCGACAGGAGAGCACCAUGGUCAUACAUACAUCAUCUUGUGAUGAUGUGGUGCACAGAGGCCAGAACUUAUCAAAACUGCCCAUUUUCACACAAAGUGAAUCCGUGUCUAGUAUACCAAAUGACCACAUGCUUGCUCCCACCUCAGGCACCAGCAACACAACCUUUCUGGGCUCAAAUAAAAUGUCAGACUCAAACCAUGGUGGCCCUAACCAUCUGGAUAGCAACAGUGGGACAGUUCCUAAUCCCCCAAGGGUAGUUGAUGUUGAGAAUGCUGUUAAAGUUAAAUCAGUCCCCCCUCAUAGUGAGAACACAGUGUCUAAGACGGCCUACAAACAUGAGUUGGUAGAACCCCCUGUUCCUUCUUUCCACAGUACACAGCCUGAGACACCCUCAGGCCAUGGAAGCAAUCCUAUCACAGUCCACCCCGGCCUUGUACCAAAUCUGACCACUGCAAGUUUCAGCAAAGAGAGCACAACCGGUCUGCAAACUGCAGGGGUCUGGUCAGGUCCUCAGGGCCCAAUAACUAUGAGCAAUCCCGGGCAUGGCCUCAACACUACUGCUACUGACCCCAUGGCUGCCAUGAUGCUCCAUAAUGUGAUGGGGAACACUUUUGGCAGUAGUUUAGGAGGUGUGGUCCCACAUGGGGGUCUCUUGCCAAUGAGCAGCAUGCCUGUGGCACCCAUGCCCUGGAGUGGGUAUCCAAGAGCUAGUGGACCUGUAAGCAUGUGGGGAAUGCAACAGAACCUGCAAUUGAGACAGAUGCACCAAACGCAGUUCAUCCAGGGCUUUACUUGGAGGAGUGAUUUUCCAGGCCAGGGCAAUAGCUAUCGGCCUUUUGGUGGGGGGCUAUAGCAACAUUUGAGUUGUGGCACAUUAUGUAUAUAGUUAUUUCUAAGUGCUUUGCAAACAAGACUUUUUUUAAUCACUGAAGAAAAUAAGCAUUUGUCUGCUACAUUUACAAUCUUAAAACAAUUUUUGUACGUCAUCUUGAAUAGUUUGUUUUGUUAUUCGUUGUAUGGUUCUCCUCCUUUAGUCUUUCUGUGCAGUUAGAUAUAUUUGUUGACCACCUUACCCCCAGUUUUUAAGACUAGGCUGUAAAAUUGAUGGCAUUAAAAAAUAAUCAAAAGCUGUU